AUGAAACUGAAUUUAUGUGAACACCUUGUGGAGUUGAGUAAAUCGAAAUAUGCAAGAAACAUUGUGAAAAAGUUUCUAAUGUAUGGGAGUAAACCGCAGGUGGGGGCAGUGAUGUCGGCUUUUAAGGGGAACGUCAGGCAGAUGCUCAGGCACUCCGAGGCGUCUUCAGUAGUCGAGUACGCUUACAACAACAAGGCCGUCCUGUCCCAGAGACUCAUGCUCACCGAGGAGCUCUACGGAAACACAUUCCAAGUCUGCAAGUCCUCAGUUUGGCCAGCGUUAAACAAGGUUUUGAAAGCAAAUCCAGAGAAAUUCGAGAGCAUCAUGGAUGAAAUGAAGCAGAUCCUCACACCAAUGGCACAGAAGCCGUCAUUAAACAAACAUUCAUUGGUCCACAAAGUUUUUCUGGACUUCUUUGAGCACGCUCCAGCCAAACAGAGAACGGAGAUGAUCGAGUCCAUCAGAGAGUCGGUCGUGUACAUGGCUCACACACAUGACGGAGCCAGAGUCACCAUGCACUGUUUAUGGCACGGCACUCCCAAGGACCGAAAAGUUAUAGUAAAAACGAUGAAUUCAUACAUUGCCAAGUUUGCAAUGGGUGAAUAUGCUCAUCUUGUACUGUUGGCUGCAUUUGAUUGCAUUGAUGACACCAAGUUGGUUAAACAAAUUAUCAUCUCAGAAAUGGUUCGUUCCCUAUCUGAAAUAAUCAGCAAUAAAUAUGGUAAAAAGGUGCUGCUUUACCUGCUGAGCCCAAGAGACCCAGCCCAUCUCUUACCUGAGAUCAUUCAGGUGCUUGAGAAAGGUGACGGCAAUGCACACAGUAAGAAGGAUGUCGCGAUCAGGAGGACGGAGCUGCUGGAGGCUGUGUCUCCUCCUCUGCUGAAGUACAUGUGUAAGAACGCCCAGUCUAUGGUCAUGGAUAAAGCGUGUAGCGUGGCUGUGAGGGACCUCCUGGGCGCCGCCAUCGGAGAUCUCAGACCUGCCAUGGAGGCUGUGGCGGCUCAGGCAGCCGAACCCCUCAUACCGGGAGGAGAAGAUGGCGAGCUUCAUAUGGCAGAACACCCCGCUGGUCAUCUGGUGUUGAAAUGGUUGAUUGAGCAGGAUGUUAAGAUGGAGGCGGCAGAGAGAGAAGGCAAGUACAAAAUGUCAAACCCUGACACACUCGCGUCAUGGGUCACAGCUUUGAGUUUAAAAGCUUGAUGGGAAUUUUGAGAAUACUUUUGGAUUUCCUUUUCCAUUCUUAGAAGUCAUUUUCUUUAUGUAAACUUGCUAAUAAAAACCAAUUGAACAGUUUUCCAAUGCGAACAAAUGUUUUACUGGCCUGUCCUGACUUAUUUUAUUCCCCAGAGCGUUUUUCCAGGAUUCUUCUGGAGAAGGUGGGGUUGGAGAACCUCAAGACGUGGGCUUCAGUCAACCGUGGUGCCAUUGUUCUUUGUUGCCUUCUCCAGAGUGCAGAUGAAAGUGUUGCUGAAGAAGUGAAAGUUAUGCUGAAAUCCAUCCUUCCUGAACUACAGAAGAUCCAGAACUCGAAAGGAGUUGAGGUUCUGCUUGAAAAACUGGCCUGAUCUGCCAAAUCAGUUGUUUUGUUAGUUUUUUUUCAUUUUUAAUUGUGAAUUUAUAUGCUGAUGUAUGUAAAUACAAAACACACAAAAAUUGUUUAUUUUAUUAUUAUUUUUCUUUUUAAUCUCGUGAAACCAAUCAAGAACAUGUCUAUACAGGUUAUAUUUCACCCCAAAAAUCAAUGGAAACAUUUUCAUGAAAAUUAAGCAAAUUAUGCUAUAAUGUGGACAGAAAUGCUAUGAUGAUAUUUCUUGCACAACAGUUAAUAUAUGCUGAUGAAAAAAAUGUCAAUUCUGAUUUUCACUUCUAUUACGAGAAACUUAGGAGGA